AUGGUCAAGUCCAAUUUGGAUCUGCUUGCACCUACCCCGCUGCAUUGUCUGAUGCCCGCCAGCUUCCCCUACUACGAGGACAAUCGCGCCGCCUAUACCGCGAAUCUUGCCAAUUACCAUGCAUUCCGUGUAUCUGGAUACGAUGCCACGCUGGGAUACAUGCUGAAUUCGGUUGUCGAGCGAUUCCCUUGGCCGCAGGAGUACUGGAAGAUUGACUCCGAGGCCAAGACCGUGACUCUCCUUACUCCGGAAAAUGCAGACCCCGCGCUCCGCAGUAAGCUGGUUCAAGACAGCAUUGCCGAAGCAGUCAAGCAGAAUACCUUCGAAGUCCUCAAGGGAUGGCGCAAUGAAAAAUACCCGGUUUUUGCGCCGGGCGGAGAGUACCUGCUUGAAAUCGAGCGGAGUGCAUCAUGCCUCUUCGGCGUGGUGACCUACGGAGCCCAUAUGACCGGCUACGUAGAGGAUGGAGAGGGAGUGAAGCUUUGGGUGCCCCGUCGCGCAAAGACUAAACAGACCUAUCCGAGAAUGCUGGAUAACACCGUGGCCGGCGGGAUGUGCACAGGCGAAAAGCCAUUCGAGUGCAUUGUCCGCGAAGCAAUGGAGGAGGCCUCGCUCCCGGAGCCGGUGGUUCGAGCCUCGAUCGUUGCGAGAGGAUGUGUCACCUACACACAUGUGCGUGAUGUGCGUGCCGGCGGCGAGACGGGUCUUCUCCAGCCUGAGGUGGAGUAUGUUUAUGAUCUCAAGCUCGACCCAUCUGUCACCCCGAAACCAGGAGAUAACGAGGUCGAAGAGUUCAAACUGCUCUCUGUCUCCGAGGUGCAAGGGGCGCUGGUUCGGGGGGAGUUCAAGCCGAACUGUGCGAUUAUCAUGAUCGAUUUCUUUAUCCGUCAUGGUAUUCUCACAGCGGAGAAUGAGCCGGAUUACUUGGAUAUUGUGGCGCGUCUGCAUCGUCGUUUGGAAUACCCGACUGCCUCGCAUUGUGGUAAGUAA